AUGUCAAAACUGUGUGGUUUGAACGUAGUUCAGCUACGAGAAGAACUACAGAAACGAAGCCUUGUCACAAGUGGCAACAAAGAAGUACUAGUAGCACGUCUGAGAGAAGCUCUCAUUGACGAACGUAAGAACCCAGACGAAUUCAAGUUUGAUGGUGCUGACGAAGACAAUGAAAUUAGCACAGGCACGUUUACAACCGCUAAAAUGAUGGAACUUCUGCUUAGUAUGUCAACUGAAAUAAAACAGAUCAAAGAACAGUCUGAACGACAGUCCGAACGACAGACAGAGGAGUUAAAACAGAUCAAAGAACAGUCCGAACGACAGACAGAAGAGUUAAAACAACAGAUCAAGGAACAGUCCGAACGACAGACAGAGGAGUUAAAACAGAUCAAGGACCAGCUAAAACACGUAAAAUUGGAAGUGGCAGAACAGAUUGAAGAACAGUCAACAAGAAUAGAAAUGAUCGAACAGAAACUUGAUCGUCAGACCGUUGAGAUGCGUCAUCAAGGGUAUUGUACACAAUUUCUGGCUGUUGGUCUGAUUUUCCACGUGGAAUUAUGCUGGGGCACAACAUCUGAAUGCGUCGUCGAAGUGGUUAUAGUCCAGCUGACUCAGUCGCCCAUGGUAAUUAACUAUUAUAAUGGCGAAACAGUUGACGGCAACAGUAGCAGCAGCAACAACAACAACAUUAAAUACAACUUCAACAACAACUUCAACAACAGCAUCAACAAUGCAACCGAUCAAGAAGAUUACAACGUCAACUACGGAGCUCUCUUUCUUCUCGUCUUUCCGUUUUUCACUGUUUUUGGAAAUUUUCUCGUUUGUUUGAGUAUUUGGCGCGAGAAGUCGCUACACACGGCCACAAACUACUUCAUCUUCUCGCUGGCGGUGGCCGACAUCAUGGUUGCCAUUUUGGUUAUGCCCCUCGCUGUUUACGUUGAGAUGCAUGCAGAAAAAAGUAGAGGACGAAAGAUUCAGAGAGCAGCGGAGUAUAUAAUGGUAGAUGUUUACGUGGUGGGAUCCGGAUGGCCCUGGAUUGGCAUAAAUCGGAGGUCUUCAGAAAAAUUGUUUUUGCACAAAGUAGUCUGA